UGUUGGUAGACCCAGCUGAUAACUCUACGGAGCAUUCCGAACAUUCUUGGAUAUUUUACAAAGUUAUAAAGAGAAACUUCAGCAAUAACAAUGAAUUUCUGGGUUAGUGUUAUAAUAAUUGGAAUUUUCACACAAAAUGCAUUAGCAUUGGAAUGUUAUGAUUGCGGUGCGGGUACUCCAUGUAAAACACCUCUCGAUAAAACAAGCAAAUGCAACAACGGAGAAGUGUGCAUUACCAUGGUAACGUAUAAAAGAACCAAUUUGUCCGUACCGUUUACUAAAAGUGCAGGUCUCGUUCGCAGAGGUUGUUAUCCUGAUGGAAAUAUUUGCAACCUUAAGAAUAGCAUUUGGGGAAAAUGUUAUCCAACGAUAAUCUCGCCCAACUUAGAACCUAGUGAGCUAUCAUGCAGCCAGUGUUGUUCUUCCGAUAAAUGCAACACAGAUUUUCCUGACUGGAAAACUGACAACCUCAAUUCAACACCUGGCCAAUCAGCUUCUGUGUUUCUGUUAACUAUGGCAACGCUUUUGAUGCUCCUGCUACACAAAAUGUUGUAAAUAAUUGUUGGAGAAAAUUUUACUCUUUUGUUGUUCAAAGAAUGAUAAAUAAUGAGCUUGAAGAA